CUCGACCUUGCGUCUCGCGCGGGCAACGCGAAGUCGAAUCCCUUGGCGGCCCCCCGACGUGACCUUGUCGGACAACGAGCCACUCGCGACUUCGAUUCCUCGUGGAAUUCCAGAUCGGACGCCUACCGAAAGCGAUUCUUCUUUAUCGGUGCCGAUCAAUCUCCAUCGAAUCAUCUUUGUUUCUCAUCCCUCGCGUACAAGAGGAGCGUCGAUUUGUUCGGGUUGUGGCUUCUUGAUGGACCACGGCAAGCUUGGAAUGCAGCCCUCGCCACCGGCACCGCCGCAGCAGGCGGCACCGGGGGCCUGGGUGAUGGGCACGCCGGUUGCGCCGUACGCUCAUCAGGCCGCCGGAUGGGUUACUGUCGAGCACAUUCCGUCGCCCUCCGCGACGAACAACAACAGGACCGGCAACCCUUAUGUGGCUACUUUCCCUGUUCCCAACAGUAGCAGCGCCAGUGGCAACCCAUACGUGAAUGUUUCCCCUGUUCCUACCAAGAGCCCCAAAGCAACGAUCCUCACACUGUUGGGCCGAUGCGGGAAGAAGUUGGAAGACACCACAAAAAAGGCAGGGGGCGCUGCAGGAAAUUUCUGGCACCACCUUAAAACGAGUCCUAAUGUCACUGAUGCAGCCUUGGCUAGGCUUGCACAAGGAACAAAAGUGUUUGCAGAAGGUGGAAAUGACAAGGUUUUUCAACAAACAUUUGGUAUUUUUCCAGGAGAACAGCUUAAGAAGGCAUAUGCCUGUUAUCUCUCUACUUCAGCAGGGCCUGUGAUAGGAAUAUUGUACUUAUCUACUGCUAGGAUUGCAUUUUGCGGUGACAAUCCUUUCUGUCGCAUUAUCUCCAGUGGUCAACAAGAGUGGGCAUACUAUAAGGUUGUUGUUCCUCUGGAUCAGUUGAGGGUAGUCAAUCCCUCCGCAAACCCAAGGAACCCUUCAGAUAAAUACAUCCAAAUUGUCACCGUGGGCAACCAUGAAUUCUGGUUCAUGGGAUUCAUUUCGUAUGAGAAGGCUCUCAAGAAUCUUAGGGAGGCUCUACUGAUACUAUAGCUCUCGGCACAUACUUGAUCAGAAUAUAUUUACAUUUUGGACAAUCAUCAAUGACACUACAAAAUCUGUAACUUGCAGAGGAAGAUGGUGUAACAUAAAUAAUUUGACCACUCUGCACCUUCUGAACAGUACAGUAAAACUUCAAGUGAGAUGAUUUGUUGUCUGUGCUGUAGAGCAAGAUAGUUGAUCCUUGAAAUCUAUCUAAGCUCAUGUGUCCUACACUAGUGGUUGACAUGUAUGAACUCUGGAUUUGAGAACUCCGUAUCCAUGUCUUCCUCCAUUAUUAUAA